UCCGGGCGGCCCCGGCCCCGCUCAUCCGUUCCUCUCUCCGUGCAGGACACCGUGGAUCGGCUUCUCCGCCUCCAUUUCCGGGACGGGAGGACCCGAGUGAACGCCGACGCGCAGCUGCUGAUGGCCGAGUUCCUGAAGGUCUUCGUCCGAGAAGCGGCGGCACGGGCAGCUCGGCAGGCUCAGGCAGAGGACCUGAAGAACGUGGAUACGGAGCAGCUGGAGAAAGUGUUGCCACAGCUGGUUAUCCUGUAUAAAUUCAGCAAGGCAGCUCUAGCUACCAUCUGCCUCUGAUGUGUGACACGAACAAACGUGAUACAGCACCUGAACCAAACACCAACAGUCCUACGCAGCACGGGCUCAGCUCACGCUUUAUCAACUGAAGAGUCAUAAAGUUUGAACAUUAUUUGACUGGUUUUUUGGUGUGCUGUGGUAUGUCUUUUACAGCCUAUCAAGUGGCAGAAGUGCUUGCUCUCCAGAGGUACAAUUUAGUGGAGGAGCUGUACACAGUGCUCUCACAUUCCCGCUGCCAGUGGCCGCACACAUUCCCUGCUUAUGUUUGGCUGUCAUAUAAAAAAUCAAUCAACAUUUUUGCUAAAGCAUUCUGCACUCCUGCUUUGAGUCUCCCUCUUCCAC